CGGCACUGCGGCUCUCGCGGUGUUUGCGCGAGACUGCGCCCUUCCUUCCUCUCCGGCCCGUCGGCCGCCUUCCUCCCCUUCCCCGCCCGGCGGCCUCCUCCUUCCCCGCGGGCCCCUCCCCGCGGGCUAAUAUGGUCUCCAGCGAUGGACGCCCCAAGUGCAGGAUACAUCUUUGAGUACCUUAUUGAGACAUUAAACGACAGUUCACACAAGAAGUUCUUCAAUGUACCUAAACUUGGAGGCACCAAGUAUGACGUUCUGCCUUACUCGAUACGGGUCCUGUUGGAAGCUGCUGUGCGAAAUUGUGAUGGCUUUUUAAUGAAAAAGGAAGAUGUCAUGAACAUUUUAGACUGGAAAACCAAACAAAGCAAUGUUGAAGUGCCCUUUUUCCCUGCCCGUGUUCUUCUUCAAGAUUUCACUGGAAUACCGGCAAUGGUGGAUUUUGCUGCUAUGAGGGAGGCAGUGAAAACUCUCGGAGGCGACCCUAAGAACGUCCACCCCGCCUGUCCGACGGAUCUCACGGUUGACCACUCUUUACAGAUCGACUUCAGUAAAUGUGCAAUACAGAAUGCUCCAAAUCCCGGAGGCGGCGACGUGCAGAGGGCAGCCAGGCUCUCCCCACUGAAGGCGCAGCCGCGGAAGCUCCCCUGCAGAGGCCAGACCGCCUGUCGCGGGUCCUGCACCUCCGGAGAGGGCCGCGGCCCGGGGCGGGCCCCGUCGCAGAUCGAGAACACGCCCGCGCUCUGCCCUUUCCAUCUGCAGCCAGUGCCUGAACCUGAAACAGUGUUAAAAAACCAAGAAGUAGAAUUUGGCAGAAAUCGAGAGAGGCUUCAAUUUUUCAAGUGGAGUUCAAAGGUGUUUAAGAACGUGGCUGUGAUCCCCCCCGGAACCGGGACGGCUCAUCAAGUGAACCUGGAGUACUUGUCGCGGGUGGUUUGUGAAGAGAAGGGCGUCCUCUUCCCCGACAGUGUCGUUGGCACGGACUCCCACGUGACCAUGGUGAACGGCCUGGGGAUCUUGGGCUGGGGCGUCGGGGGCAUCGAAACAGAAGCAGUUAUGCUGGGCCUGCCCGUUUCCCUCACCUUACCGGAGGUGGUCGGAUGCGAGUUAACUGGCUCCUCAAACCCUUUUGUUACGUCCAUAGAUGUUGUCCUCGGCGUUACAAAGCACCUCAGGCAAGUAGGAGUGGCUGGGAAGUUCGUUGAGUUUUUUGGAAGUGGAGUUUCACAGUUAUCUAUAGUGGAUCGAACGACGAUAGCAAACAUGUGUCCGGAAUACGGUGCUACCCUCAGCUUUUUCCCUGUCGACAAUGUGACAUUAAAACAUUUAGAACAUACAGGUUUUGACAAAGCCAAACUCGAGUCAGUAGAAACAUACCUUAAAGCUGUGAAAUUGUUUCGAGACGACCAGAAUGAUUCGGGAGAACCUGAAUACUCCCAGGUGAUCCAGAUUAAUCUGAAUUCGAUAGUUCCAUCGGUCAGUGGUCCAAAAAGGCCGCAAGAUAGAGUCGCUGUGACGGAUAUGAAAAAUGAUUUCCGAGCUUGCUUGAAUGAAAAGGUCGGAUUCAGAGGCUUCCAAAUUGCAGCCGAGAAGCAAGACGACGCCGUCUCCCUUCAUUAUGAAGGAAGAGACUAUCAGCUCUCCCACGGGUCCGUGGUCAUCGCCGCCGUCACCAGUUGCACCAAUAACUGCAACCCAUCGGUCAUGCUCGCCGCAGGCCUUUUGGCUAAAAAAGCUGUCGAAGCUGGUCUGCGUGUCAAGCCUUACAUCAGAACAAGUUUAUCUCCAGGCAGUGGCAUGGUUACGCAUUACCUCAGUUCCAGUGGCGUGUUACCAUAUCUCAGUAGGCUCGGAUUUGAAAUAGUUGGCUAUGGAUGUUCGACGUGUGUGGGAAAUACAGCUCCGUUAUCAGAAGCAGUUCUGAAUGCCGUCAAACAGGGUGAUUUGGUUACUUGUGGAGUUUUAUCUGGAAACAAAAACUUUGAAGGUCGUCUUUGUGAUUGUGUUCGUGCCAAUUAUCUUGCCUCCCCGCCCUUAGUGGUGGCUUACGCCAUAGCAGGCACCGUGAACAUUGACUUCCAGACGGAGCCUCUAGGUACUGACCCUGCUGGCAAGAAUAUUUACCUGCAUGAUAUUUGGCCUAGUCGAGAAGAAGUUCAUCAGAUAGAAGAAGAACAUGUUAUAUUAUCCAUGUUCAAAGCGUUAAAAGAGAAGAUAGAGAUGGGGAAUAAACGGUGGAGUUGCUUAGAAGCCCCAGACUCAGUUUUGUUUCCGUGGGACUUAAAGUCCACUUACAUCAGGUGCCCUUCAUUUUUCGACAAGCUUACCAAAGAGCCCGCUGCACUCCAGCCCAUCGAGAACGCCCACGUGUUGUUACAUCUGGGGGACUGUGUCACGACAGACCACAUAUCGCCUGCAGGAAGCAUCGCCAGAAGCAGCGCUGCUGCCAAGUACCUGACAAAUAGAGGCCUUACCCCUCGCGAAUUCAACUCUUACGGAGCCCGGAGAGGUAAUGAUGCCGUGAUGACGAGAGGCACUUUUGCAAAUAUCAAGCUUUUUAAUAAGUUUAUUGGAAAACCAGCUCCCAAAACAAUUCACUUUCCAUCAGGACAGACGCUAGAUGUAUUUGAGGCUGCAGAGCUGUACCAGAAAGAAGGUAUCCCACUGAUCAUUUUAGCAGGAAAGAAAUACGGUUCAGGAAAUUCAAGAGACUGGGCUGCCAAAGGACCGUAUUUGCUGGGUGUGAAAGCUGUUUUGGCUGAAAGUUACGAAAAAAUUCACAAGGAUCACCUGAUUGGGAUGGGCGUGGCCCCGCUCCAGUUCCUCCCGGGACAAAGCACGGGGUCCCUGGGCCUGUCCGGCCGAGAAACGUUUUCUUUAGCGUUUCCUGAAGAGCUCUCCCCUGGAGUUACGCUCAACAUCAAGACAAGCACUGGAAAAGUAUUCAGCGUGAUCGCUUCGUUUGAAAAUGACGUGGAAGUAACGUUGUACAAACAUGGAGGAUUAUUAAACUUUGUGGCACGAAAAUUCUCAUAGUAUCUGCUCGCCACGGACACCGUUCCUAACUGGUCACUGCACACAAAGCCUUUUGUGCUGGACCCAGGAAACCUCGCCAUGGAGCCACAGACAGUUCCGGAUGCUCACUGAUCUCAUCCAUGGAUGUAAAUGCUGGUGAAUCAACAUAGAGACAGAAAUGAAAUCUUCUUGAUUUUAAAUAAUAUACGAAUGGUGCUAUUAACAUUGCUAAAAUCAGCGUGUGAAGCGUGUUAUGGAAGAGACCUAUGAGGGGAUAUUUUAUCAGACCAUUUUGUAAAUAAAGGCGGAAGUUGAACUUGU